AUGGAAAAAUAUCAAAUAAUCGAAGAAGUUGGACGUGGAUCAUACGGUGUCGUUUGGAAAUCGUUAAACAACGAGACGGAUGAAACUGUUGCGAUCAAGAAGAUCAAGACAAUGUAUCUUUCAACGGAAGAAAGCAUGAACUUAACCGAUGUUAACUCACUUAUAAAGAUGAUGAACCAUCAUCCGAAUAUCAUCAAACUAAAAGAAAUCAUCCGAGAAAACCACCAGGCGUUCUUGGUAUAUGAAUACAUGGAAUGCAGCCUCUACAAAGUUAUGGUGGAACGAAAGAAGCCGUUUUCUGAAACCGAGGUUAAAGAGUUGUGUUACCCAGUGUUUAAAGGUCUUGCAUAUAUGCAUCACAAUGGCAACUUUCAUCAUGACCUAAAACCGGAUAGCAUUCUUGUGGAUAAGAAGAAUGAUGCGAUAAAGAUUGAUCUUGGUCAUGCACGAGAGAUGAAUGGGAAUUCUCCGUGUACUGAUUAUGUGACCGGUUGUUGGUAUCGUGCCCCCGAGGCUAUUCUAGAUUCAUCGGUGUAUAACUAUGCAGUUGAUAUGUGGGCAAUGGGUGCGAUCAUGGUGGAAUUAUUCACCCUCAAACCGCUGUUUCAAGGUUCUUGUGAAAAGAAGGUGUACCGUAAAAUUUGUAGUCUGUUCGGUCCCCCGCCAAAUGAUCAAGAUCUUGCAAGCGAGAUCGAUGUCAUCAUUCCAGAUCAGCUUCCUGGGGUGUCGAUUUCUGAGUUGUUGCCAUGUGCAAGCCCGGAUGCAGUUGAUCUGAUUGCUUCACUUCUUUCAUGGCAUCCAAAAAAUAGGCCGACGGCUAUGGAGGCGCUUCAGCAUCCUUUCUUUAAUAGGUGUUACUAUGCUCCACCACUCCUCCCGCAUCAACUCGCUAAGGAAUGCGGCUGGAUUUGCUGA